AUGUUUCCUAUAUGUUGGGCUGUGGUGGAAGGUGAAAACACCAAUUCAUGGUGUUGGUUCGUGCAAGCAUUAGCUGAAGACCUAACUCUAGUUGAUGGAAGGGGAUGGACUAUUAUUUCUGAUCAACAGAAGGGUUUAGUUGAGGCAAUCCACACCAUAUUGCCUGAUGCUGAGCAUCGGAAAUGUGCAAGACAUGUAUAUGCUAACUGGAAGGCGAAGAACAAAACAGAUCGUGUCAGGAAGCUCUUUUGGUUUGCUGUUUAUGCUUGCAAUGAAGUGCAUUGGAACCGCGCAACGGCUGAGCUGGAGGCCAUUGAAAAGUCAGGUGAUGGUUCUACCCCAUAUACAGACUUUAUGGCUGCUGAACCUCGACGUUUUUGUCAUGCCUUCCUAAGAUGUUAUUCGAAAUGUGACUCUGUUGAGAGCAAUGUUUGUGAGACAUGGAAUGGUUGUAUUGUUAAAUAUAGGGGUUUAAGAAUUGUAGACAUGCUGGAGGGUAUAAGGCAGUACAUGAUGGACAGGGUAGUACUUAAGUCAGAAAUGUUUGCAAAGUGUACAGACACCUUGCCUCCAAGGAUUAGGAAACGUGUUGAAAGGGAAAAGGAGGAGGCAAGGUUAUGUGUAGCUAAGCAAACUCUCAAUGCAAGGUGUGAGGUAAAGAAGGGGGGUGAAGGGUUUAUAGUAGAUGUGACUGAAUGUACUUGCUCUUGUGGCUACUGGCAACUUAGUGGAAUUCCAUGCUGCCACGCGGUUUCAGCUAUUAGCCAUCUAAGAAGAGAAGUUGAUGAUUAUGUGAAUUCAUACUAUCAUGUAUACAUGGCUAGUUUCGCAUACAACUAUGGGAUACCUUGCCUUGAUGGUAGGCAAGCAUGGCCAGCAUCUGAGGGAAUACCUGUUCAUCCUCCCAAGACUAGAUCAAUGCCUGGCAGGCCAAAAAAGAAGAGAAGGAGGAGUGCAAAUGAGGUGGAGGAGACCAGAGCACAAAGAAACGGGGUUGGUGAAGAGGUUACAAGGAGAGGUAAUCUCAUCCACUGCUCCAAGUGUGGCGGCGAGGGGCACAAUGCCAGAUCUUGCAAGGCACGCCCUGUUGCAGAAGUUGUGGUGGAGAGAAGAGAACAAGGGAAUAUCCAAUCGGGGCCACCUGCUGCGCAAGAAUCAGGCCAGAAUACUAGAAGGAAGAGGGCCAUUCAUUGUUCCAAAUGUCAGAGUUCCACUCACAACGCAAGGACUUAUCCUCUGAAUAGAGGAAAUGGUGUACAAGAUGUGAUACUUAAUGUGGCUGAUAGAAGAACAAUUGAAAGGGAAUUGAGAAUUGCAACAUCUGGAGUUGGCGUUUAUGUUAAUGAGAGGACAGGGAACCAGUAUGUUAGGCUUAAUGGAGCUGCUGGCAGGCCAGUUCGUGGACCUCAGCCAACUGUCGUGGACUUGCAUGGAAGUCAGCCACCACCUAGUCAGCCUUAG